AUGCUGCUCCGCGCCCCGGGGCCGGCGCGCAGGAGGGGUCGGGGGCGGCCGCCGGGGGCUCCCCGCUGCGGGCUCUCGCCUUCCUGGAGCCCCGCCUGGCUUUGCUGCUGGGUGCUCGCCGGCUGCCAGGCGGCCUGGGCGGGGGACCUGUCCUCCUCCAGCCGCCCGCUUCCUCCUUGUCAGGAGAAAGAUUACCACUUUGAAUAUACAGAAUGUGACAGCAGCGGCUCCAGGUGGAGAGUUGCCAUUCCGAACUCUGCAGUGGACUGCUCUGGCCUGCCUGACCCAGUGAGAGGCAAAGAAUGCACUUUCUCCUGUGCUUCCGGGGAGUAUCUAGAGAUGAAGAACCAGGUAUGCAGUAAGUGUGGUGAAGGCACCUACUCCUUGGGCAGUGGCAUCAAAUUUGAUGAAUGGGAUGAACUGCCUGCAGGAUUCUCCAACGUUGCAACAUUCAUGGACACUGUGGUUGGCCCUUCUGACACCAGGCCAGAUGGCUGUAACAACUCUUCUUGGGUCCCCCGCGGAAAUUACAUAGAGUCAAAUCGUGAUGACUGCACUGUAUCUCUGAUCUAUGCUGUGCACCUUAAGAAGUCAGGUUAUGUCUUCUUUGAGUACCAGUAUGUCGACAACAACAUCUUCUUUGAGUUCUUUAUUCAGAACGAUCAGUGCCAGGAGAUGGACACCACUGCAGACAAGUGGGUCAAGCUCACAGACAGUGGCGAGUGGGGCUCUCAUUCUGUAAUGCUAAAAUCUGGUACAAACAUUCUAUACUGGAGAACUACAGGCAUCCUUAUGGGUUCUAAGGCAGUCAAGCCAGUUUUGGUAAAAAAUAUCACAAUUGAAGGAGUGGCGUACACAUCCGAGUGCUUUCCAUGCAAGCCAGGCACCUUCAGCAACAAACCAGGGUCGUUCAACUGCCAAGUGUGUCCCAGGAACACCUACUCUGAGAAAGGAGCCAAAGAGUGCAUAAAGUGUGCAGAGGACUCCCAAUUUUCAGAGGAAGGAUCCAGUGAGUGUACAGAGCGCCCUCCCUGUACCACAAAAGACUAUUUUCAGAUUCACACUCCAUGUGAUGAAGAUGGAAAGACACAGAUAAUGUACAAGUGGAUAGAGCCCAAAAUCUGCCGGGAAGAUCUCACAGAUGCUAUUAGGUUGCCCCCUUCUGGAGAGAAGAAGGAUUGUCCACCUUGCAACCCUGGAUUUUAUAACAAUGGAUCAUCUUCUUGCCAUCCCUGCCCUCCUGGGACAUUUUCAGAUGGAACAAAGGAAUGCAGACCAUGCCCAGCAGGAACAGAGCCUGCACUUGGGUUUGAAUAUAAAUGGUGGAAUGUCCUUCCUGGCAACAUGAAAACUUCCUGCUUUAAUGUUGGAAAUUCAAAGUGUGAUGGAAUGAAUGGCUGGGAGGUGGCUGGAGAUCAUAUCCAGAGUGGGGCUGGAGGUUCUGAUAAUGAUUACCUGAUUUUAAACUUGCAUAUCCCAGGAUUUAAACCACCAACCUCUAUGACUGGAGCCAUGGGUUCUGAACUGGGAAGAAUAACCUUUGUCUUUGAGACCCUCUGUUCUGCUGACUGUGUCCUGUACUUCAUGGUGGAUAUUAAUAGAAAAAGUACUAACGUGGUGGAAUCAUGGGGUGGAACCAAAGAAAAACAAGCUUACACCCACAUCAUCUUCAAGAAUGCAACCUUUACUUUUACAUGGGCAUUCCAGAGAACUAAUCAGGGUCAAGAUAAUAGACGGUUCAUCAAUGACAUGGUGAAGAUUUAUUCUAUCACUGCCACUAAUGCAGUUGAUGGGGUGGCGUCCUCAUGCCGUGCCUGUGCCCUCGGUUCUGAACAGUCGGGCUCAUCGUGUGUCCCCUGCCCCCCAGGCCACUACAUUGAGAAAGAAACCAACCAGUGCAAGGAGUGUCCACCUGACACCUACCUGUCCAUACAUCAGGUCUAUGGCAAGGAGGCUUGUAUUCCAUGUGGGCCUGGGAGUAGAAGCACUCGGGACCACUCAGUUUGCUAUAGUGACUGCUUUUUCUACCAUGAGAAAGAAAAUCAGAGUUUGCACUAUGACUUCAGCAACCUCAGCAGUGUGGGCUCGUUAAUGAAUGGCCCCAGCUUUACCUCGAAAGGAACAAAAUAUUUCCACUUCUUCAACAUUAGUUUAUGUGGGCACGAGGGGGAGAAGAUGGCUCUCUGUACCAACAAUAUAACAGACUUUACAGUAAAGGAAAUGGUGGCAGGGUCAGAUGAUUACACAAAUCUGGUAGGAGCAUUUGUAUGCCAGUCGACUAUCAUUCCUUCAGAAAGUAAGGGCUUCCGGGCAGCCUUGUCAUCACAAUCCAUCAUUCUGGCAGACACAUUUUUAGGAGUGACAAUUGAAACCGCAUUGCAAAAUAUUAAUAUAAAAGAAGAUAUGUUCCCAGUUUCACCAAGCCAAAUACCAGAUGUGCAUUUCUUUUAUAAGUCUUCUACGACUACAACAUCUUGUGUUAAUGGCCGGUCAACCGCUGUGAAAAUGAGAUGUAAUCCUACUAAACCAGGAGCUGGUGUGAUUUCAGUCCCCAGCAAGUGUCCAGCAGGCACCUGUGAUGGGUGUACCUUCUAUUUCCUGUGGGAGAGUGCUGAAGCUUGCCCUCUGUGCACGGAACAUGACUUUCAUGAAAUUGAGGGAGCCUGUAAGAGAGGAUUUCAGGAAACCUUAUAUGUAUGGAAUGAACCAAAAUGGUGCAUUAAAGGAAUUUCUUUGCCUGAGAAAAAGUUGUCAACAUGUGAAACAGUUGACUUUUGGCUGAAAGUGGGAGCAGGUGUGGGAGCUUUCACAGCUGUUUUGCUGGUGGCUCUAACUUGCUAUUUCUGGAAAAAGAAUCAGAAACUGGAGUACAAAUAUUCCAAAUUAGUAAUGACAACUAACUCAAAAGAGUGUGAACUCCCUGCUGCGGAUAGUUGUGCUAUUAUGGAAGGAGAAGAUAAUGAAGAGGAAGUUGUAUAUUCCAAUAAACAGUCACUACUGGGAAAACUCAAAUCCUUGGCAACAAAGGAAAAAGAAGACCAUUUUGAAUCUGUUCAGCUGAAAUCCUCAAGAUCUCCAAAUAUAUGAAAAGACUGUGCUGUAGCCUUCAGACUAAUGAACAAAGAAACCCGCUUUCUAGUUUUACAGGACCAUAGUUUAGAGCCCGUCCUUGUACCUGGCACGUUGGUGAUGUUACAGAGGAGGGCCAUGUUGCUGAAAAGGAAAGGAGAUUGAAAUGUUUGAUUGCCUUAUCCCAUGGUCAAGUAUCUUGCCAAAAAUAGGAAAGCAAAUGGUUUGGGUCUCAACUGAAGAUGAAGCUCAACUCAGGAAGAGAUUUAUCUGUAUAUACACACAUAACUGAAAACCAAGGUUAAGCCCACCAGUGCACUGUUGAUGCAUGCCAUAUAAUCAAUGGGUAACUUUCAUUCUUUAUAAUUCUACACAAAAAAUGUGCUUUGGAGGGCAGAUGUUAGCAUAUGCAUUGUGACCCCAUUUUUGUCAUUCUUUUGUUUAUAUUUUUGGGGAAGAUUUGAAAGCUUUUUAAAGGUAUAGUUAUUUUUUCCCGUUACUUAUUUUCUUAACAAGACCUUAAAAUAUCUUUUUUUAAAAAUUAAAAAUGAUGAACAAAAAAGACAAUAAGCUUUUCAUUUUUCCGUAGGGUAUCUUGGUUUCAGAAGCCUAAAUAAGCAGUAAUUUUUAGGAAGGAUCAGCAUGUGCUUGAGUUAUCUAAACUUACUAUUGCCUUUGAAAUUCCAUUCUUGUUGGAAUUGGUAAGAUGAGCUUGACUAGAAGUGUUGAAGGAAUCUUAAAAAAUAAAAAUGGAAGGAGAAACCUUGACUUUCCAUGAAUACAAUCAAGUGACACUAUCAUAGAAGUCAAAUGGUUUAAAACAGUUUAUGUAAUGCUUGAAGCAUGAUUUAAAAUGAGUGGGAGAGCUUCUUUAUCAAAUGACCUUGCAAAAUCAUGAGGAAUAAAGUGGGGUGACUUGUAUACAAGUACAGAUAGCUGUACAAACCUAUCAGAAUAAUUCUGUGGUCUCCAGAAAAAGGCAGCAGGAUAUUUGCCCUAUGUCAAGCGUCAAAGGUUACAUGGUUAUUGUUCUGCUACAAGACUUAGAGGAUUAUGGCUUCCAUGGAAGUUUUUUCUUUUUUGAGUAAAUAAGGCAGGAAUUCAAUUUUGGAAAAUUGAUUAUAAUUGUACUCAUAAGAAGAAUGUGGUUGUACCAUAAGCAGUUAUGAAAUAAGUGUUGCUGUUCUUAUUCAAAAGUGAUCCAGAUAAUUUGAUCUUUCCUGUGACAGGCAAAUUACUAGUAUUAGCAUGUCUUAAAUAUUAUUUGUUAAAAGAAGUUCAAAUGAAGUUGGAUUUGAACAACCUUGUGUAAACCCUGAUUGUUUUAGAACUAAGAAAGAGGGGAGUUUCCUGGCCAGUGAUGAUCUAAGGUGCUCUGGUUUGUUUCCAAUUAGUAGUAAUCUUUAUAGACCUUAUUCAACAUAUUUAAAAAGGCCCGUGGUUGGCUAAGAGAAGCAGGGCACAUGCGCAGGGUUUGUUGAAAUGUUUUGCCCUGUAUCUUUAGAUGAGGUAUGACUUGUAACUUUCAAUUUAGCAGGUUAUGUCUUUAUUUUUGUGGAAACUUGGAGCAAAAUAAAUAAUUGUAUUUAUCUGGCUGGUGGGUGAAACUCUGGAUGGUUAUUGUUGAAUGAAUGCUUAUCUUGUGUAUAUCUGUGCUGUUGGAUUCAUGAGCAUAUUGCCAUUAUUCUGUUGUUGUUUGUGAUAUUCAGGGAGGGCAUCACUAAGUCCAAACCUUUUUCAUGUUUAAUUUUUAAAAUUUUAUUAUAAAGAAGAAGUUAUUUUGGCAUUGCUCAUUUUUAUCUUGCUAACAGUGCUGAUGAGCCUUUCAAAAUUUAAACAGAAGAGUGAAAAUACAUUUGAAAUGCUCCCUUUUAAAUAGAAGAACCCUGGUGAAGUUGUACAACUGAACAGAGUCAGGAAGUUUCUGCACAGUCACCUGUCACUCUCUCUUGAACUUUGGCUGUGCUCAACGUGCAUGUCCCAAGCCAUAGGGAUAAUUGGGAUUUGCUCCCAGGUAGCUUCUUUUCUUCUCCUGUCACUGGACUAAAAUUUCUGACAUGUCAAAAUGCCUUAAAUUUUAAUGAACUCUCUGAAAAUGUAGUUGAUAUUGAAGAAUUUAUUUAUUUCUAAUUUUAGAUAUUAAGUAGAUUUUUGUCAGCUCAGUCCCAUAUUUGGAAUGGAGCUACCUUUUUCCUUUGGAUCCCAGUGGUUGUCAUUUUAUUCUGAGCACUAAAGAGGUAUGACAGAAAGAAUAUUAGGAGGAAAAUAUUCAGACCAAUCCUGGCUAUAAAACUCACUUUAAUUUUAAGUCUUGUCUUUGCAAAGUUCAAUGGAAUACUGAAAAGGCAUAAACAAAUUAAUCAUGUUUCUAUGACUUUUACUUGACCUUUGUUGUUUCUUUCCCCUCUCCAAGUGGUAGAAUAAGUUAUUCGUUAUUUUUCUAAAAGGCACAGUUUUGAAGCCUUAAAUAACUUUAUUAAGUCAGUCAACUGUCACCUAUAAUAUCUCUUAGCACUCUGUCAAAAUAUAUUUAAAUCAGUUUUUCACUGGAUGAGACCAUGACUUCUAUGGAUAAAUCAUAUCAUGCCAUUUAACAAUGUUGAGCAAUUUGAUAUGUGUUCACUUGAUUUAAAAGACCGAAUUUUAUUCUUGUUGACUUUUCCUCUCUUUGGUUACUGGUAAUCAAGUUCUUUCCAGGAUUAAAAAUGUUUCAUAGUAUUUUUGUGUAGACUUUUGUCAUUAUUUUCUUCCCAAGGAGAAAAGGUGGGUUAAAUGGUUAAUGGAAGAAUUGCUUGGGUCCAGUCAUUUACCACCUGGGAUCUCCAGGUUUCCAGGUGGUGGAUCAUGAUUGACAAUGGUUUUCAAGAUCAAUAUGCUCAACUGUCCAUUGACCUAUAUCAAUAAACUACUUCUUGUGGUUCAUGGUUAUUCCUAAUGGGAGGC